AUGAAGCGGACUUUGUGGGCGGAUGCAAGUGACAGCGAUGAAGCGAUCGAGAUCAGCAGCCUUCUCGUUGUGGAUCUCAACCGUCGCCCCCCGGUCGUUGUCGAGGUAUUUGGAGUUGACACUCUCGCGGAGCUCGUCCCAAAGCAUGCUCCAGAGGAACCCGCUCCAUCCCGCACAUCUCACUUCGUUUUCCGACGGCCGAUCUGGCCGAACUCGAACAACAUCAUCGUCAACAUCAUUGUCAAGGCCCCAGGUCGGCCGCCCUCGGUCAAGAACGUCAAGGCCGACGCCCCCAUCAAGGCCGACGCCCCGGGAGGGCGGAUUCAGUCUCUGAUGGUGGAUCCGACCGAACAUUGGGCCUUGCGUACAGAGGACGUCCUCCUUAACGUGCUCAAGUACCUGGACCUCGAUGAAGUUUUCAGGCUUUGUUCAUACAUGAGCCGCAGCUGGCGGGAGUCCCUGCCAAGUGCCGUCUGCCAGCAUGCAAACAACUGGAUCACAGCGGCCUUUUAUCCACACCUCCAAGGAGAGCAUGAGCAGAACAUCAAUGAAGGUUUGCCACUGAGAGACCCGGUGCCGCUGGUCCCCGUGGCGAAAGGCCUUGAUCUCGCGCGGGACGCCGUUCUUUUUUUUCCUCGGGAAGAGGCUGGUACCAAGGUGUUGGCAAAUGCAACAUUGACUUGGCCCGUGGCCAAUGAAGAGGAGCGCAAAGCUGAAGAGACAGGUCAAGAAGACGUCGAAAAAUCUCAAGGAACACCACCCGUGGACAGCAACCCGGUCAGCGUCCAAGACCUCGUAAAAUACUUUGCGAGCGAGCUCGGGCAAGCUCGAAGAGGAAGCAGCAAAGCGAGCGGAGCUCAACGCCAACUGGCCGCGUUCGCCGAGAAGGAAGAAUCCAUCCAUAGGGCCAAGUCGGAGCUCAAGGAGAGUGAGGCGGCGAAGGAGAAAGCCCAGCUGACAGCAGAUCUCGAUGCCAAACAUGCCGCUCAUCUCCUUACCAUCACGGCGUGCCUGUCACACCCCGGAGCCACCGCUUCUGCCACCGGAAGCGAGAUGUCGAAACUGGGGUGCAAGUCACGCCUUCACCAUCUCGUCGGCGGUUACGCCUUCCGGGACGAGGACACUUUUUACCUUCGUCAGAAACCUCCAAACAGGAAAAAGAUAUCGCAGCAAGGCCUCUCCGCAAGACGUGGCACGCUCCCGCCCCAGUCAAGCCGACCUUGA